AUGAACCUAAAGACGAGCAGGAAGAGGAAGAAGAAGACGAGCACGCCACCAGAACCUGUUCCCGAGCUUUGGGACGAGAUCGUCCAGGACAUCCUGGUCCGGCUGCCUGUCACAUCCCUCCUGCGGUGCAGGGCCGUGUGCAAGGCGGGGCGCGCCAUCAUCUCCGACCCCUUCUUCACCCGGGCGCACCUCCGGCGGUCGGCCUCCAGAUGCGAGCAGAACCCGUGCCUGAUCGUCACCCCGCACACCCUCAUGAUCCCCCGCCUCCCAGGGAAGGAGCGGAAAAUCUAUUCCCCACCCGUCCGGGAGGAGGGCUGGCCGACCGACUUCUCCAACCACAUCCACUUCUACCAGUGGCACCAAGGUGCUUCCAUGGCUGCGUUCAUGCACGCCGAGGACUUCCACGGAGAGUUCAGUAUCGUGCGCCAAUUUGCCCACUGCGACGGGCUGGUGCUCGCUCCCACGGACACCGGCAUCUACCUCUUCAACCCGGCCACCAGGGAAACCGUCAAGCUGCUAUCCAGCAACCGGCAUCGUGGAGGUGUGUACUGCUGCUGCGAUGGCUUGGGUCGAGAUCCGCGCACAGGUGAGUACAAGGUAGUCCAGGCCUUCUAG